AGUUAUUACAGUUUCAAACUAUCACUUUACCGACAUUACCCGGAAAUCACAAUGUCCCAUCACGGCUGAGCUAUUUUUAGAACAGGCCCGCAGGCUACUUAUGUGGACCUUGGCAGGGUGCUGUUGCCCACGGGCACCAUGUUGGUGACCCCUUAUGUAGAGCAUCAGCCAACCUAUUUCUCGGAGUAACCGAGGGCCACACACAAGCACAGACUAAUUCACCCAUUGCCACCCCCUCCGUUGUCUAAAAUAAAAGCCCUGACUGAGGUCUUCGCCCACCGCUCUCCACAGCUGGAAGUGUGAUUUUCUCGGCGUCAAACCCCACCAGACACUCCUCGCUGCCCUCCAUCCUACGCAGGAACUCACGUUCCCCCCCCCACCAUUUGCCAGAUGCAAAGAAUGCAUGUGUGUGCUCACCUUCAAAUAGUGUGUAAGUUUGCCUGUGUGUGUUUGUGUGAGUGUGUUCGUGUGCAUGUGCAGAUGUCAAAUGUUCCCUCACUGUGUUUGAGACAGCAUGGGGGAGGGCUUGGGGAGGUUCUGAGCAGAGUGCAGUGUUUCAUAUUACACUUCUCUGUUGGAGGGGGAAAGGGGAGAGAAGAAGAAGAAAAGGGGGCGGAGGAAACUUUGGGCUUCUUUUCCUCAGAACCAUUGAACUUGAGGUUUAUGGAGGCUGCAGUCGUGGAAAAUGGUCUCCUCUCUGGUCUUGGCUCUCCUGGUUCAAGCAUUGUUUGGAGAUUUGUGUUCCGCCAUCAACGUUACCAUCACUCCUUCCCCCUUCACGGUGGUCCAGGAGGGCCAAAACGUCACACUCUCGUGUGUCGUGUCCCAGCGGCGGCGCAAUUCCGCGUUGCCCGUCGUGAAAUGGACCUUCCUGCCGGCCGGCUCAGACCGGCCAGAUGACGAACUUCUCAUCGCUCGGGUCAACAUGAGAAAGGCCCGCUUCUAUGGAAACUACACCAAGAGUUUCUCGUGGCCCAAGAUGAAGCUGACGGUGGUGAAGCAGGGCAAGAUCUUUGACUUGUUGAUCUUGAAUGUGUCCGAGGGGGACCGAGGUCUAUACAUAUGUCGGGUUCAGGAGUUCAAAAAGCAACAGGAUCGCUGGAAGGCCUCGUCUAAUUCCACGGCUACAACUGAACUCAGAGUACAUGUGUUUCCGGCCACAGAGGCCAAAGACAGCCUGUGGACCUUGUUUGAAGAUGUUCACCUUUGUGCUGUACUGAUUUGCUCCGUGGGACUGCUGUGCAUGUGCAUGUUCACAGUGACCGUAACCUGCCAGUGCAUACAGAGGAAGCAGCGGUUAAAAGAUAAUUACCACUUAGUCAAAAGCUCUCGGAAUAGCUCAGGAGAAACUGUCACCAGUGUGGUCAGUGUGUCUCCUGCCUUGCCAAAGAAGGAGAGGCGAUACAGAAAGAAAAGGAGCAGAGAUUACAGAGAUGAAAUACCACCAGCGAUACCAGAAAAAGUUCCUAUUGGAGACAAAGCAAGGAAACCCAAACUUUUAAAACCGCAACCAAGGAAAGUAGUUUUGCCUAAGAUAGUGGAGGAAAAUCUGACCUACGCAGAGUUGGAUCUGGUAAAGCCAAUUCCAGAAGCAAAAGCGUCGCGGAAUGGCACAGUGUACGCUCAGAUACUUUUUGGGGAACAGCAGCUAUAGAAAUGCAGUCCUCUUCUAAUUUUGCCUUAUGUAAAUAGGGUUGUUAAUUUAUAGCGUGUUGAUCUGUAUUGUAAUAGAAAAUGUUCAUUUGAAACUGUACAUAUAAUUUUAUACAAACGUUGAUAUCACUUUUUAAUGAGGCCUUAAAAGGUAAAGACAUUCAUGUUUACAUUGGGGUAAGGCGGCAUAUUUGACGGACUUGGUUGAGAUGUACAGCAAUACCACAAAAAUGGCUCGGGUUAUCGAGUAACAUUGACAUUUUAGAAAUUAGAUUCAUGAGAUUUCUUGCCGGGUACACAUCAAAUAUCUCCACCGACACUUGCGAGUGUCCUUGUCUGUCGUAGUACCAAGACUGUCCUCUGAGAGGCAGCAUGGUGCCACAGGGCAUUCAGGCUUUGGAAAAUACGACAAAAAAAGAAAUAGAAGAACAGGAUAGAGAAGAAUAGGCUUUCUGGUAGCAUUUCUGGUUAAUACAUUGUGGCUGGGCGGCACGGUGGUCGACUGGUUAGAGCGUCAGCCUCACAGUUCUGAGGACCCGGGUUCAAUCCCCGGCCCCGCCUGUGUGGAGUUUGCAUGUUCUCCCCGUGCCUGCGUGGGUUUUCUCCGGGCACUCCGGUUUCCUCCCACAUCCCAAAAACAUGCCUGAAUUGGAGACUCUAAAUUGCCCGUAGGCAUGACUGUGAGUGCGAAUGGUUGUUUGUUCCUAUGUGCCCUGCGAUUGGCUGGCAACCAGUUCAGGGUGUACCCCGCCUCCUGCCCGAUGACAGCUGGGAUAGGCUCCAGCACGCCCGCGACCCUAGUGAGGAGAAGCGGCUCAGAAAAUGGAUGGAUGGAUGGACAUUGUGGCUGCAAAUGCUUUUCCUUGUCACUUGUAUUGUGAAUGACUUGGGAGACACAUUUGACAAACACUCAACAGUUGCUCCUCUCUUUGUGGCUGGAAACAGCGCCAAUUUCAGGUCUCUCUCUAAUUGGUUUCACAUCACGAUCACGGAGUCCGUGAAUUGGCCGAACUUGGCGUUGACCACACACAUUAAGAUUUCCGAUCGUAAUUAUUGAAUUUUAUGAUUUAAAGUUGAACAGUUACAAUUUUCGACCCCUACAUAAUUCCGGGCAGAUUGGGAGAGAAAAAAAAUCACUCUUAACACACCCUAUACUACAGGUUAUUAUUAUAUAAUUAAUCUUUUGUAGACAUCUGAUAAUUGGGCCUUUGCUUAAUUCGAUGGAAAGGGGGGGAAAAAAUAAAUAUUCAAAUUCGGCCGAUUGCCAUUAUGUGUACCCGCUAAGAAUUUAUCUUAUGUCUGGGCAUCAAGUGUGAAGCUAGCAAAGAGUCAGUUGUCUUAAAUUAAGAGUUCAAAAAGAUCAAUGUCUAGCGAGUUAGCUUCAUUGAGUUAGCGAAGUUGCCUAAUAACACAGUUCUGCACAGCAUAAUAGUUACAAAUUUGAAAUAUAAUAAGAAUAAACCCAGAGUAGACGGUACAGUACAAGAUUUUGAGUUAAAUUUGACGUCUUGUUUUACAUUACGGACAGUACUGUGAAAGGAAAAGUGAACGUAGGCUACCAACCAAUAAAGAGGAGGCAUCAUUAGCUUGUUGACAGACUAACUGUAAAACUACUGCCACACAUCAUUUGCUUUUUGUAUAUAAUCUUCAUACUGGAGUGGGCAGGGGGGCAAAAACAAUUGUGUGAUAUAAUGUUAUACAUCUAACAGCUGUUUCUCAUGCAAGUUCAUUGUAUAAAACUCCGUCAAUAGACAGACACACACACACACACACACACACAAUAAACACAAACAUGAAUGUGACCCAAUGCAAUUAAACAUGAGAUUUGCUUCGAGUGUGUCCCCAGCCUUAUCUUGCCACGCAACAUCUGUGUGCCGUCUGUUUUUGUGUGUCACACUGCAAUUUACACUCACCACAACUCAAGAUAGUUGAUAUGAAAGUAGCGAUUAGCCCUUACACUGCACCCCUGCGACUGUCAAGUUUUGUCAGACGCUUUCAUCUUGUGUUUUAACAGCCAAUUUAGCAGCUACGCGCGCACACACUGACAAAUCAAUACAGGCCUGCAUUUACGUGUGCGAUAAACUACACCAAAAAAAAGCAAAUGCCGUAAAUCUUCGGAAACUGCCACCAAACAGCACUAUGUGUGUAAUCCAAGAAGACUUUCAAAUCAUAAGGUUUACUUUGUAUUUGUGAUAAGCGCUCCAUGCUAGUCUCCAAAGUGUAAAAGUGCUUAGAUCUCUUAUUUUCGUUUCAAUCUUUGGAUUGUGGCAUGGAAAAGCAGCAACUGUGAAUUUGAAACCCAGACGCAAAAGCAACGGAUUCCUUCUCCUCCCCCACUGGUCCCGUUAUCAAGUGUAAUAGUCACUUUUAAAUUCCCCAUUUUAUUACUAACUGUAUGAUGCGUGAAAGAUGUUUUUUGGUUUACACAAUACCAUUUCAUCCAUCCAUUCAUCCAUUUUCAACACCGCUUAUCCUAGUUAGGGUCGCGGGACGCUGGAGCCUAUCCCAGCUGACUUCAGGCGAAAGGCGGACUAUACCCUGAACUGGUCGCCAGUCAGUCGCAGGGCACAUAUAGACACGGACAACCAUUCGCACUCACAUUCACACCGUCACUGAGUGGGAACUGAACCCACGCUGCCUGCACCAAAGUCAGGCGAAUGUACCACUACACCAUCAGUGACUACAAUACCAUUUGUAACUGAAAACUGAUACAACAACAAUCAAUUAACCGAUGAAUUGUUAAGUUUUAUUUUUGUAUGUGAAUAUCUGAAUGUUUUGGGUGAUUGCGUUGUAUUUAACACAAUAACAGCAGUUAUCAAUGUGGAUUUAGCUCAAUUUCCAAAUAGUUGAUGUCUUGUUUUUAUCACGCUCAUUUAACUGCUUGAGCAACAACAGCACUCCAUUUUGCCUCAAUGGCUUCAAGAGACAAUUAAUCAACAUUUCAUUCCACACAAAUGACGGGAAUUUCUAACAAUCAAAUCAUCAAUUAUUAUUUCCAUCUCAGUUGAAUGGACUAUUUGCCUCUGUCAAAUUUUAAGCCUACAAGUGGAAGAAAGAGGGUAUUGGGGGAAAAAAAAAUUUAAAUAAAUAUUUCCGAUAAUUGAACGUUAGCAUUCUCAAGUUAAAAUGAAAUCACCAACUAGCGGCCUGGCAUGCAUAUUAAAGCCUUUUAUUGUUAAUGUUUGCAGGUCAAGGUCAACAUUUUGACAGUGUUGUCAUCUUUUUGUGAGACACUUGAAAAAUGUAAAGAAAAUACUUUCCUGUGUUUACUUGACAUGUGAAUGUACACUUUAUUUUAACAACCAGCUACUAAUCUUACCAAAAUGUUUUUGGAUCAAUUAAAUUAAACUAAGCAAUUUGUAUGUGGUAUUUACCUAGUUUCAGAAUGCGUAGCAGUUGAUUUACACUGAAUAUAACGUGAUUUGAACUGUUACUUCAAAUCAAACUUUAUUUUUUAACUAUUGGUGACUCAAUACAAUCUGGCAUUUUGAGAUAUGAGUGGAUGUUUAUGAAAUGCUGUUGACAUUCAAAUUUGUGCACAUUUCAGUUCCCCAACAUUGUGUGUUUUCUGCCGUAUGCCAAGUUCAGCCUCUACUGUUUCGGCAAUGGUUUGAAUGAAUAAAAGUUGUCAUCCAUUGUGACUGGAGACCUUUUUCAAGUGUCCUGAAAACUGUGAAAUGUAGAGUUUCUUCCAAACCACAAUGCCCUUAAUGGGAAACAACUAACAAGGACCAUGUGUGUGAUUGGGGCCUCUCAGCAUCUCAGUUCUCUUUCAUUGCCCUGCUCCAACCUUUAAAUUCAAUAGUGUGUCAGUUUGCUUGUGUGUUUUUCACUAAAAGCAUCUAUCACAGUCAUAUGUUUUUUGGUGUAUGGUUUGAUUAUUUUUUUUUUCUUAAUGUGUAAGUUUUUGUUUUACCUAAAAAUUGGAUUUUGUACUGCAUCUGUAUUGUUGUAGCAUAUACAAUCUGUAUUCUUAAUGACAUCCAGCAGGGAGGAAGUGCAAUAAGAAGUGUGUAAGAGUAAAUUACACUUCUUAUUUGAUUUAUUACCUCAGUAUUUUUGCAUAUGAACUAUGUAUGGCCUUGUAACUUUUCUUUGUUUGUUUUGUAAUGUAUGUUGUAAAAGAGUCAAUAAAGUAAGGUAUGUUUGAA